AUGACACUCCCCUGCACCACCGCCGACCUCCUCGCCCUCGCCACCCACGCCCUGAACCACGUAACCUCACCCAGCCAACACGCCCUCCUCUCCUCCUCCGAGCUCAAAUCCGCCCUAACCCAGCUCGCCACAACAACCGACGCCGCAGCGCGUCUCGCCGAGACCGAGAAGAUCAAAGCGGAGGCGAUGAUGGUGCGUAGCGAAACGCUCAAGAUCGAUGCAGAGACCGCUCGGCUCCAUGCUGAGACGGAGAGGCUGAAGGCCGAGACGGAGGUUGUGAAGACGCAGGAGGAGGCGGCGGUGAAGCGGGCUGCGAGGGACCUGAGGAGGGUGCAGGCGGAGACGGAGAAGCUGUAUGCGCAGAGGGAUAUGAUGAAGGCACAGAAGGAGGCGAGGGAGUGGGAGGCAGAGAGGAGAGAGGCGGAGAUGGAGGCAGAAAUUGAGGCGGAGGCGGAGAGGAGAGCAAGUCAUGUGACUAUGAUGAGGCUGAAAAGUCAGGACAGUUUCUCAAUGCUCCUCUUAGAGCUAGGAUCAAUUGAAGUUAUCAUCUAUCGACCGGAAGCUCUUAUCUCGCGCAACGAGCAGCUCAAAACCGACGCGGAGAUCGAGCGCCUCAAGGCCGGGACGGCGCAGAUUGUCGCGGAGACGGAACGGAUGAAGGUUCAAGCGGCUGUGGCGCGGGGGUCGGUGCUGUGGACAGAGGCGGAGGCAGGGAAAAACAGGGAGGAGGAGGAGGAUGCUCGUGGGGUGGAAGAGGUGGAUGAGCUCCAUGCGGAGCUAAUGGCAAGGCGUGACGAGAGGAGGAUGCGCAUUGGUGCGGAGGGUGAUAUGCUGAAUGCGGAGACGGAGGGGUGA